UUUUUUUUUCUUCUUUUGCAACAUUUAAAAAAAAUUUUUUUUUAAAUUCCCACCUUUGUUUAGGUCAGGUUAGCACCUUUUUCCUCUCUUCUCUUCUUAAAAAAAUGUUUUAUCUAAAAAUACCCAAGUACCCUCUCUAAAAUCAAUUUUUAAUUUAUUUUUCUUCUCUCGUUUUUUAAUUCACUUAACUUGCUCUCUCCUUUUAUUGUGCAUUUUUUACUUUUGUUAUUUAAUUCACUAAAAUUGACACACACAAACGACCUCAUUUUUUCUUUUUUAAUUUUUCUUUCAUUUUUAACUGAUCAAAUUUUAGUUUUUUGCAACGUUUAAUAUUUGAGGAAUUUAGUAGAGGUUAGUCUGGUGUAGUUGGUUAAGGUUUGUUUUUUUAUUUUUAGGGGUUGUGGGUUCGAAUCCUGCCUGGGUAAAUAAUUUUUAUUUUAUAGAAGGAAUACUUUAAAGGUCGUGGGCUCGAACCCUGCCCAGUAAAAAUAGAUUAGAGCCACUUUGGUGUAGUUGGUUACGUUUGGGUUUUUAUAUUUUAUGGGCCGUGGGUUCGAACCCAGGCUGGGUAAAUAAUUUUUAUUUUCAAGAAAAAUUAAUUUAGAGGUCUCAAAUUCGAACCCUGCCCGAGUGGGAAUAAAUUUGGAGUCAUUUUGGUGUAGUUGGUUAUGGUUUGGUUUUUCUAUUUUAGGGGUCGUGGGUUCGAAUCCUGCCUGGGUAAAUCUUUUUUGUUUUAUAUAAAAAUUAUUUUAGGGGUCUCAAACUCGAACCCUACCCGAUUAAAAAAAAUAAAAAAAAUUUUUUCAGAGAAUAGAAUGGCAACUAAUUUUCUUCGAACUCUUAGUCAGCGUCUUACAAAAUCCAAAAAUCGUUCUCAACACCAACAACCUCGUUCCUCUUCCAUUCCAAGGAAUAAAGAAACUUCAAUUAGGCAUUCUCAUUGUCAAUGCAGAGUUCAAUUAUUGGAUAACAGCGAUUUGAAUAUUUUAAUUGGGAAAGCAGCUAUGGGCCAAGAAUUGUAUCAAAGAGUAUUUGCCCAUAUCGGAUUAAUUGAGCGAGACUAUUUUGGUUUACAAUCUAUUGAUCAUAUGCAAGUACGGCAAUGGCUAGAUCCUGCAAAGAGAAUACGAAAACAACUUCCUUUUGGACCUCCUUACAAUUUUAGGCUUCGUGUUAAAUUUUUUUCGAAUGAUCCGGUCAAUUUAAAGGAUGAAUUAACCAGAUAUUUAUUUUUUGUGCAAUUGCGACAGGAUAUACAAACAGGCUUUUUGGAUUGCCCACCUGAAGUAGCUAUCUACUUGGCUGCAUUAGGACUUCAAUCCGAAUUUGGCGACUUCAAUCCCCACACAUAUUCUUCAACAUUUGCUUCAGAAUUUCGUUUCCACCCGUUACAAAAUGAACAAAUGGAAUUGGCAAUUCUUCGACAAUGGGCAGAUAAACAACUUGAAGGUAUGAAUCCGUGCCGGGCUGAGGCUGCUUUUUUGGAUAAGGCGAGGAAAUUGCCUUUAUAUGGAGUUGACUUGCACAAUGUUCAAGGACGUGAUGGCUGUGAAUAUAGACUUGGCCUAAGUCCGCAAGGAAUGUUGGUACUCGAUGGAAGGCAGAAAAUAGGUCUUUUCCUCUGGGAAAAGGUUCAACGUCUCGAUUUUCGUGGUCGUCGAUUAACUUUAGUUGUAGAAGAAGAAAUACAAAAUUCAAAAAAUUCUCAAGAACAACAACAACAGCAACAAUUAGUUCAUUUACACACUUUUAUUUUUCAAACAAAUUCGAGUAGAGCAGCAAAAAAUUUGUGGAAAUGUGCAAUUGAAUUUCAUACAUUUUUUAGGCUUAAAUUUAUUGGAAAUAAUGGAAUGAAUAGAAAAAUAUUUUCGCCUUUAUUUCGGUUAGGGAGUACUUUUCGUUAUAGAGGAAGAACAGAAUAUGAAGCAAUAAAUAAAAAUAAUGAAUUGCAAUAUCAACAACCAAAAAAUUUAAAUUUGAUAGAAAGGCCUCCGUUUAGACGUCCUUCGCGUAGAUAUCCACCUAGACAACAAAAGAAGGAAGAAAUUUUAAAAAGUCCAGUAAAAAGUUUGGAUGGAGGAGGAAAUAAUUUUUAUUUUAAUAAUACUCAGAAUGGAAUUAAACGACCUGCAAUGUCAACAGAAUUGUGA